AUGAUUGAAUAUAAGACGAGGUAUCAACAUGGUUUAGUUGGAUUGGGAUUUGUUUUCGUUAUAUUUUUGUUUUCUAAUUCAUGGUUUCAAUCAAGUAAACAACAGAAUUCAGAUUCGUCAUUGAUAAGGAAUUUAGAGUGGAAUGAUAUAAACUUUAUACACACAACUGAUACACACGGCUGGUAUUCUGGUCAUCUUAACCAGAAACAGUACAAUGCAAAUUGGGGGCAUUUCAUAUCAUUUACUAGUCAUUUAAGGAAUAUAGCUCACUCAAAGAAGCAAGAUUUUUUGUUGGUAGAUACUGGUGAUAAGCACGAUGGGAAUGGACUCUCGGAUGUAACUAUACCCAAUGGUGCUGAAUCUUUACCAAUAUUUAUGAAGCAGGACUACGAUUUACUUACUAUUGGAAACCACGAAUUAUAUACCUUGGAAAACUCCCAGCAAGAAUAUGAUUUAGUCCGUAAACACUUUAAAUCUAACUAUGUAAGUACGAAUGUGGAAUACAAAUUACAGAAUGGUACAUUUGUGCCAAUGGGUCAAAGAUACAAGUAUUUUAUGACACCCAUGCAGAAAAUUAGAAUAUUAGCAUUUGCAUUCUUGUUUGAUUUUACAAGAUAUAAUUCUGGAACCAAAGUUGAACCAAUUAUGAAAGUUCUAGACGAGGAUUGGUUCAAGGAUAUUUUAAUUGAUCACCCUGCUGAUGAAGUUGAUUUACUUGUGAUAUUUGGUCAUAUUCCUGUAACCCAUAAUGAUGAAGAGUUGUUUCAAUUACAUCUGUUCUUGAGAAAAUAUUACCCCAAGACCAAAAUCCAAUAUUUCGGUGGGCAUUCGCAUAUAAGAGAUUUCAGUGUUUAUGAUGAUUAUCUGACCGGCUUGCAAAGUGGAAGGUUCUGUGAAACUGCGGGUUGGUUAAGUAUUAAUUUAAACCCUACCGGGAAUGAUUUGAAAGGGGUAGACAAGGUUGAAAGCACAUUUUCAAGAUCCUACAUUGAUUUUAAUUUAGAAUCAUUUAUGUACCAUACAAAUAUCAGCUCUAGUGAAGAGUUUAAUACUGAACUUGGGUUGAAUGUCUCCAGACAUAUUAAUGAAGUCCGAAGGGAAUUAAACUUAGAAGAAAUAAUCGGCUUUGUUAGAAAUAGUAAUUACUUCAUGGAUUAUGUUUCCAUACAGAAUCCUAAAAGCAUUUUUAAGCUCUUAACAGAUAAAGUAUUACCCACAUUAGAGGUUGGUAACCAAAAUAUAACAACUUCAGAUCAGAGAUUAAUUAUAAUUAAUACUGGCUCAAUAAGAUAUGACCUCUACAAAGGUCCAUAUACAUUGGAUUCCCAGUAUAUAAUCUCUCCCUUCGAAAAUGAUUGGGUCAAAUUGACGUUGCCUAAGCAUAUAGCUAUAAGGAUAGCUCCCAAGUUAAAUGAAUGGCUGUAUAUUAUUCGUUCUGCAAACGAUAACACAUUGGACAACAGAAGGCUAUUACCUGAGCAUCAAUAUUCCAGACUCCUUAAGGAUUAUUCGUCUUCCAAAAACUUUGCAAAGUAUUCGGAGCAGCAUUAUUUCAAAAAUCAAAUUCCUGAAAGAUUUCAAGAAAUAGGUGAAUUAAAGUCUGCCUCUAGAAAAAGUAGGUUGUCCAAGGGCUAUGUCACGCAUGAUGAUUUUGGUCACGAUGGUGAUGACACCUUACAUAGGCCAGUAGUAAAUCACCCUAUUCCAAAUGUUGUGCAAUCAAAAGAAUUAUUCGAUUCUGAUGAAGACUCGCCCGUCGAUGUUGUUUUUUACAGUUUUAUUACUCCAAAUGUAUUAUGGGCAUUAAAGGAAAUUGGGUUUGAUGAAGACGUCAGUACACGAAUCGAGUUCUAUUCUAAACACUAUUUGGGUUUAUUAUUAAAUGAGUAUAUUAGAAAUCAUGAUAUAUAG